UUUACCUGUAGAUUUGCAUGUUUGACCUAGCAGAAUAAUUGGGUCCACAGCAACAUGGGCGUGCCUCUCUUAGAAACACUUAGUUUCAUGUAUGACUCAUAAGCUGAAGCACAGACACCACUUCCCCAAUCUACAGGAGCCAUUUUAACAGCAUAAAACUUGCCGGAUUGCUUUUUAUUUUCAAGCCCAAAGGACAGUAUCUAAAGAUAAUGAGAAUAUUUGAAGUACUGAGCUAAGGGGAAGUUCAAUAAAUAUUCAUCAACUUUUUACCAUCCAGUCAAUCAGUAAAAGCAUAGUUUCUUUAGAACAUGGAUACGGCGGGAUCUUUUGAUUAGCUUUUGCCCAGAUGUUCAGAUAUCCUGUUUUCAAAUCUGACUGGCCAUGUUUUUCUCAUACCUUUUACAACAUCAUGAAGAGCCUCUUAAGCCCUGUUAAUGGAUUUGAAGUUUUUCCUAUAGUAGGAACUGAGAGACUAUCGUUUUGGGGGAAGUUCAAAUCUGAUUUCAUAACUAACCACAUUUUGGUAUGGCUGUCUUUUUUUUCCAUAUCCACAAAUUUUUAAAUGCUGAGUGAAUGUAAAGCAAGAUGGUUUGAUAUGAUAAUACUUGGGAAAGAAACAAUAAUAGUAAAACGUUAAGAUUUAAAUCAAUAGUAGAAAAAUCUACAAACUCCUUCAGUUGUUUCAGGCCAAGAAGUUCUGGAGAAGAAAAAUUUCAGAAAAAUUGCCUCAGUUUGAAUAGCAUACCAGAAAAUUUGAAACACUUUUCCUAAAGAAACCAAGAAAAUUUGAAGCUCCUUUCCUAAAGAAAACCUGUGAUACAGUAACUUCACAGACUUAGUUUUUUUUUGUUUUUUUGGUUUUUUUUAACCCAAAUUGUCACUGGAUUCUACUGCCUGAUACUUGAACCUGUUUGGAAUUUUUCUCAUGUGCAUCUAAGGGGAAUGCUUUAUUAUGGCUGCUGUUGUCCAACAGAACGACCUAGUAUUUGAGUUUGCUAGUAACGUCAUGGAGGAUGAACAACAGCUUGGUGAUCCAGCUAUUUUUCCUGCCGUAAUUGUGGAGCAUGUUCCUGGUGCUGAUAUUCUCAAUAGUUAUGCGGGUCUAGCUUGUGUGGAAGAGCCCAAUGACAUGAUUACUGAGAGCUCCCUGGAUGUUGCUGAAGAAGAAAUCAUAGAUGAUGAUGAUGACAACAUCACCCUUACAGUUGAAGCUUCCUGUCAUAAUGGAGAUGAAACAAUUGAAACUAUUGAGGCUGCUGAGGCACUCCUCAAUAUGGAUUCUCCUGACCCUAUGCUGGAUGAAAAACGAAUAAAUAAUAAUAUUUUUAGUUCAUCUGAAGAUGACAUUGUUGUUGCCCCAAUCACCCAUGUAUCCGUCACAUUAGAUGGGAUUCCUGAAGUGAUGGAAACUCAGCAGGUUCAAGAGACAUAUGCACACUCACCAGGAGCCUCCUCACCAGAACAACCUAAGAGAAAGAAAGGGAGAAAAACUAAACCACCACGACCAGAUUCUCCAGCCACUACACCAAACAUAUCUGUGAAGAAGAAAAACAAAGAUGGGAAGGGAAACACAAUUUAUCUUUGGGAGUUUUUACUGGCACUGCUCCAGGACAAAGCUACUUGUCCUAAAUAUAUCAAAUGGACCCAGAGAGAAAAAGGCAUUUUUAAAUUGGUAGAUUCUAAAGCAGUAUCCAGGUUGUGGGGGAAGCACAAAAAUAAACCUGAUAUGAAUUACGAGACCAUGGGAAGAGCUCUCAGGUACUAUUAUCAAAGGGGUAUUCUGGCAAAAGUAGAAGGCCAGCGCUUGGUGUAUCAGUUUAAGGAAAUGCCAAAAGAUCUUAUUUAUAUAGAUGAUGAGGAUCCGAGUUCCAGCAUAGAAUCUUCAGAUCCAUCACUGUCAGCAACAACCACUUCAAGCAGGAACCAAGCAGGCCGAUCAAGAGUAUCUUCAAGUCCGGGGAUAAAAGGAGGAGCCACUACAGUUCUAAAACCAGGGAAUUCUAAAGCUACUAAAACCAAAGAUCCUGUGGAAGUUGCACAGCCAUCAGAAGUUCUGAGGACAGUGCAGCCCACACAGUCUGCAUAUCCUACCCAGCUCUUCCGGACUGUUCAUGUAGUGCAGCCAGUACAAGCUGUCCCAGAAGGAGAAGCGGCCAUAAUUAGUUGUGUGCAAGAUGAAACAUUAAAUUCUUCAGUUCAGAGUAUUAGGACUAUACAGGCUCCAACCCAAGUUCCAGUGGUCGUGUCUCCUGGGAAUCAGCAUUUGCAUACAGUAACACUCCAGACAGUGCCAAUCACAACAGUUAUAGCCAGCACAGAUCCAUCGUCAGGUGCUGGGUCUCAGAAAUUUAUUUUACAAGCCAUUCCAUCAUCACAGCCCAUGACAGUACUGAAAGAAAAUGUUGUGUUACAGUCUCAGAAGCCGGGCUCUCCUCCUUCGAUUGUCUUGAGCCCUGCCCAUGUACAGCAGGUUCUUACUAGUAAUGUCCAGUCUAUUUGCAAUGGAACCGUCAGCAUGGCUUCAUCUCCAUCCUUCAGUGCUACACCCGUGGUGACAUUUUCUCCUCGCAGUUCACAGCUGGUUGCCCACCCACCUGGCACUGUAAUCACUUCAGUUAUCAAAGCUCAAGACACAAAAACUCUUACCCAGGAAGUAGAGAAGAAGGAGGUCGAAGAUGAUUUGAAAGAAGACACUGAGGAAACCGAUCAGCAGCCACAGCCUUACGUGAUGGUGGUUUCCAAUUCCAAUGGACUUACUUCUCAGGUAGCUAUGAAACAAAAUGAACUGCUGGAACCCAACUCUUUUUAAUUAAAAUUCCAAAAGAAUUAUGAA